AUGGCACAAUUAGAAGAUCCAGAGACAUUGCAAAGCCCGUAUUUCAAGAUACAAAGUACUCUUGAGCCAGAAAGUCUCACAGAGACGUCUAUUAAACUGUUGAAUGCCAUCAAAUCAGAACCGAAACUAACUGAAUCGUAUUGUUUGGAAGUGCGGUUUGAGGAGAACAAAGCCUUCUUUGUGGCCUGUCUAAAUCCUGUUUUGUGGUUUGAUGUUUACUUACGGGGAAAACCUCUAGAAGAAGCAACUAAACUUGCAAGAAUGUUUGUCACCAAUACACGAUUAGUGGUGCCUGUUGAAAAAAUUGCACUGUUUGAAGUCGAGCAUAAUAAAACUGUCAAUGAUUUGGCAUUUACUCAAUGUAAAUUCGGUAGAAAUUGUUGGGAUCGUAAGCAAGGCAACUGCAAGAGUGUCAAUACAAUAGACUGCAAUAUUAACACAGAGAAUUCUUUAAGUCGAGAUCAUCUGGAUGCUAUGUGUAAAGGAACUACAAAAACACGGGAUGGGCGUGAUACCGUUUGUAGCUAUUAUGUUAUUGGUAAUCUUAUUGUAUGGGAACGAACAAAGUAUUACAUAUUGUUUAGACGAGAACCGAUUCGUGGUUUACUAAUGAUUCCUCGUCCCAACGAUGACACAAAAAACAAUUUUAAUCACUUCGACAACACGUCGAUAAUCAAAAAUAAGCAAUUUUGGCAAGAUUUAUUAGAAGAACGAGGACGAUUGGGAUUUAACAUGGUUUCUCUUAACUAUGGGACGUGGGAGACAGGGCAGGCUAAAGCAAAAGACAAAUAUGCACAAAAUUGUCAUGCGCAUGUCCAUCUUAAUUUCGACGACACGGAAUGGGAAAAGGUGAAGACUAUGGCCCCUGAGAAUAUAAAGCCGUUGCUUGAUUCUCGUGAUUCACUUGAACCCAGUAAUCUUCUCAAGAAUUGCCAUGAACUAGAAAGUUAUCGAUUACAAAUAGUGGAAGCACACUUCUCUGAAACGAAUAACAAGAUGGAUACCGUUGUUGCAAGCUUCUCAGAAACGAAUAACAAGAUGGAUACCGUUGUUGCAAGCUUCUCAGAAACAAACAAGAAGAUAGAUGCGUUUUCGAAGAAGAUGGAUAUUGUGGCUACAAACUUCUCAGAAACAAGCAAGAAGAUAGAUACUGUUGUCACUAGCCUCUCAGAAACAAACAUAAAGCUAUCUGAGCUUAUCGAAAUUUUAUUGUCAAAGGAACGACAAAAUGAUGAAAAAAGAAAUUAA